AUGCUGCUUCUUUAUGUAGAUGAUAUGAUCAUAACCGGAGAUGACAAGAUUGGAAUCUCAGCUUUACAACAAUAUCUCAGUCAACAUUUCGAAAUGAAAGACCUUGGUUUCCUUAGUUAUUUUUUGGGGCUUGAAGUUUCCCAAGACUCAGAAGGCUAUUAUCUUUCCCAGGCCAAGUAUGCUUCUGACUUGCUUUCUAGAGCAGGCAUCACAGACUGCAAGAAUGAAUUGACACCAUUGGAAGUCAACUCAAAACUCACACCACUUGACGGCACUCCUCUUGAAGAUGCCACCUUGUAUCGACAACUUGUUGGUAGUCUUGUUUACCUAACUGUCACUCGCCCUGAUAUUACAUAUGCUGUCCAUAAAGUCAGUCAAUUUAUGGCUGCCCCUCGGUCAUCUCAUUUCUCUGCUGUUCUACGUAUCAUUCGCUAUGUUAAAGGUACUAUUUUUCAUGGUUUACGCUUCUCUUCUAAUUCAUCCUUGGUCCUCUCUGGAUACUUUGAUGCAGAUUGGGCAGGUGACCCUACUGAUCGUCGCUCAACAACAGGGUAUUGUUUCGUCUUAGGAAAUUCUCUUCUUUCCUGGCGUAGCAAAAAGCAAACAGUUGUUUCCCGAUCAAGCACAGAAUCUGAAUAUCGCGCUCUUGCUGAUGCUACUGCUGAGUUACUUUGGUUACGAUGGUUGUUAAAUGAUAUGGGCGCUACAUAA